UCCUUCACGAGUGCACCAAACGAAACCAAUAGCAAUAGCUACCAAACAAAGAUACGGAUAUAAUAAAUUGAUAUGUAGGCAGAGCACCUCCACCACCAUCCUUGUAUUUUAACUUUCUCUCAUCCACCAAACCCAUUCCAAGAAGAAUCAGCUUCACUCCAACAUCAACUAUUUGUAUCUUCUUUCUCUAUCCUCCUCAGUUCUAUGGCUAGAGCUUUCCUCCACCUUAAUGGAAAUCAAACGUUCCAUAUUCUCUCAAGAUCUAGUGUUACCCGGGCAUCCUUACCACAUAGGUCUAUGAUGGUCACCAUGUCCCAAAAUCAAUCCUAUUGGGCCUCCAUAAAUGCCGAAAUUGAAGCCCAUCUCAAGCAAGCCAUUCCACUACGGCCUCCACUUCAAGUCUUUGAGCCCGUGCACCAUUUGGUUUUUGCAGCCCCACAAAACCCCGCCCCGGCCUUGUGUAUUGCUGCGUGUGAACUUGUUGGCGGACGCCGAGACCAAGCCAUGGCGGCGGCUUCCACACUCCACCUGAUGCAGGCGGCUUCGUUCACUCACGAGCAACUUCCACUAACUGACAGGCCCAGGCCCAAGUCCAGGCCCACGAUCCACCAUGCAUACGGCCCAAACAUAGAGCUUCUCUUGGGGGAUGGCAUGAUACCAUUUGGGUUUGAGUUGUUAGCUAGAUGCGAUGACCCGGCCCAAAACAACUCGGACCGAAUUUUGCGGGUGACAAUUGAAAUUGCACGUGCCAUAGGCUCACAAGGUAUGGUAGAGGGACAAUACUAUGAAUUGGAAUGCCCUCAAUCGGAGGGGGAGGAAUUAUGUGACAUAGGGUGGAUUGAGCAAGUGUGCAAGAAAAAGGAAGGUGAGUUGCACGCGUGUGGGGCUGCAUGUGGGGCAAUACUAGGAGGGGGAAGUGAGGAGGAAAUAGAGAAGCUAAGAAGGUUUGGUCUCUAUGUUGGAACCAUUCAAGGAUUGUUACAUGGGGCUGGAAAAUUAGAAAAGGGAUUAAUGAAAGUGGUGGAAGAAUUCAGAAAUUUGGCACUCAAGGAAUUGGAGGAAUUCAAGGGAGGAAAGGUUGAGGCAAUUUCUAGCUUUGUUAAUGUUUAAAGGCCUUUGAAUCUUGAUGUGAUUGUUUCACUAAAGUUGGCCACUCAAGUUCUUUGCUAUAAUAAUGCUUCCCGACAAAUUAAAAGGUCUUUGAAUCUUGACGUUGAUGUUUGAAGUGAGGAGCGAAGGGGAGCAAAGACAAGACAUGUGACAGUCGUCCAUAAAGGCUUUUUAUAUGUCCGGUGGUGAGCUUAUAAUUAUGAAAUAUGAAAUAUCUGUCCUUUCUAUUCUUCCAAGAA